GAGGAGGGCCCAGAUUCAGGAAAGAAACCUCAGUUGGCUGAGCACACAGGCCCUGCCCCUGUCUCCUGUCUGUCUGCAGGUCUGUGUGUCUGUCCCCAGCACUCUGCAAGGCUAGAAAAGGAGGAAGAAUCUGUCCAGAAUCCCUGCAGGACAAGGAAAAGAAGGGAAAAUCUCAACAUGGAAAAACUCUACAACGAAAAUGAAGGCAAGGUGGAAAUCGAGGGAAUGCCAGAAGAUGAAGCAGAGCCUGAAGAUGAAGGAAAAUCAGAUGAGGAAGACAAGCUGGAAGUGGAGGGGAAGCCAGGGUAUGAGGGAAAGCUCCAGAGUAAGGGGCAGCCAGAUGAUGAGGGACAACUGGAAGAGGAGGGAAAGCAAGAAAAGCAGGGCAAGUCUGAAAAUGAGGGAAAACCACACAGUGAGGGCAAGCCAGAAUCCCUGGCAAAGCCCGAGGGUGAGCCACGGGCUGCCGAAAAGCGCCCGGCUGAAGAUUAUGUUCCCAGGAAAGCAAAAAGAAAAACGGACAGGGGGACAGAUGAUUCCCCCAAGGACUAUCAGGAGAACUUACAGGAAAGGCACUUGGGCAGUGAGGAGAUGAUGAGAGAAUGUGGAGAUAUGUCAAGGGCUCAGGAAGAGCUAAGGAAAAAACAGAAAAUGGGUGGUUUUCAUUGGAUGCAAAGAGAUGUACCGGAUCCGUUUGCCCCAAGGGGGCAGCGGGGUGUCAGGGGAGUGAGGGGCGGAGGUAGGGGCCAAAGAGGCUUACAUGAUAUCCCAUAUCUUUAAUGCCUUUGGCCUUCAAUUUUGUUUUCUCUGAUGAGAAUAUUGCUGACGCUGCUUUCCCUGGCAGGCAUUUGCCAGGCUAUGUGCUUUAACCUUAAGCUGAUAUUUUGUUUUAGGUGUCACUCUUGUUACCAGCAGCCCUUUGAUCCAACUAUAAUACUCUCUGCCUUUCAGAAGGGAAUUUUCAUCCAUGUGCAUGGAAAAGAUGUUCAUGGUACAUUGCAAAAUAACAAUAAAGAUAAAACCAUUUUCAGAACCGCA